AUGGCAGCAGAACUCGGCAUGGAGGAUGAGAAACAGACCGACGCAAGGAUGGUGGAGCUGGAGUACGCAAAUACAAAAGAGUCCACGUCCGCGGGACCAAUUGCAAGACCUGAAGGGAAAAUAUACCUUACGACGUCGGCGGCUCAGGUGGACGGCAUCAAAUUCGCCCCCGACGGCCACACCAUCCUCGUGCCACAGCCAUCAGACGAUCCUAACGAUCCGUUGAACUGGAGUUUUUUCAAGAAGCACAUGCUCCUCAUCAUUUCUUCCAUGUCUUCUUUUUUGCCCGAAUAUGGCAGUGCGACUGGCGCCGUCACGUUGCUGUCACAGGCACAGCAGUGGCAUUUGACUCCGGACCAUGUCAAUCAUUCUCAAGCGGGCAACGUCUUCAUGCUGGGAGUGGGCGGCCUGUUCUCCGUGGUCUGUUCGGCAUACUUCGGCCGCCUGCCGGUUCUUUUUUGGAUGCUCUGCCUGGCUUUUGGAACCGCAAUCUGGUGUGCCGCAGCCGUCACGUUCGAGUCCUUUAUGGCAGCUCGGAUUCUCAAUGGAUUCUUCUCGGCGGUCACUCAAUCGAUGACCACCGUCCUGAUCAAUGACAUGUUCUUUUUCCACGAGAAAGCGCGGAAAAUCGGCAUAUGGGCCUCGUUCGUCGUGCUCGCCCCCAGUUUGGGACCAAUGCUCGGGGCAUUCAUGCUCAACACUCAACGGUGGCCUGUGCCUUUCUGGGUCCUGAGCAGUCUCACAGGCCUUUGCCUUGUUCUAGUCAUUAUUUUCGGGGAGGAAACAUACUAUGAUCGGCGCCUGACCCUAGAGGAGCAGCCUGCGAGGAGAAGUCGACUGCUACGCUUGGUGGGUGUCGAGCAAUUCCAUUCCCGGAGGCUGCGGAACACCGUGCGAGAAACACUUCGACGUCCCGCAAGGGUUAUCAUGCUUCCUACCGUGUUCAUUUCGGUCAUCUACGCCGGGAUCACCUUCGCCUGGCAGGUAGGUAUUAACACCACGUCGGCUAUAUUCCUCACUCCGCUCUAUCAUUUUGACAUUCUUCAAGUCGGCUACUUCUACUUUGCACCUGCCAUUGGUGCCAUCCUGGGCGAGGCCGCUGGCUAUUUUGCCCAUGAUCUGAUUGCCAAACACUACGAAAAGACUCACAAUGGCUAUUUCCAUCCCGAAGCCCGACUUCGGGGUGCUUGGCUGGCAACACCAUUCCUUGUUUCCGGGUUGGUGCUCAUAGGAUAUGCUUUCCAGGACCAUCUCCAUUACAUGGUGGUGGCGGUAGGGUGGGCUCUCUUCAACAUGGGCGCCAUGAUCUCGAUUGUGAGCAUCAAUGCCUAUUGUCUCGAUUCGUUCCCAGAAGCCUCAGGCGAGGGCGCCGCCUGGCUCUCUGUAGGCCGAACCGUUGGCGGCUUCAUCAUUUCCUAUGAGCAGGUGAGCUGGGCAACGAAAGAGGGAACCAAAGCCAGCUUCGGUAUCCAAGCUGGCCUCUGUACUUUUGGACUGGUUCUAGCCGUUUUUCUCCAGAUCUAUGGCCAGAGACUGAGAAAGUGGUCCGGAAGUCUAAAGUUCAAGACUAUCUGA